AUGAUUGAACAGGCUUGGACGCUAUCGGUGGACGAGGCCCUGGGGAAAGCUGGGGUAAACCCUAAGGAAGGUCUUAGCCACCAGGAGGUUAAUGCAGCCCUUGCCAAAUUUGGGCCAAAUGAGCUUAAAGAAGAAGAAUCAACGCCACUAUGGAAGCUGAUUCUUGAGCAGUUCCAGGACCAACUGGUAAUUAUUCUUCUUGGAUCUGCUGUAGUAUCCUUGGUGCUGGCGCUUGUGGAGAAUGAGGGCAGCCUAGCGAAUGCUUUGGUGGAACCAAGCGUCAUCUUUCUUAUUUUGAUUGCCAACGCCACGGUGGGUGUGUUGCAAGAGCGGAAUGCAGAUCAAUCUAUUCAAGCACUUCGUGCCUAUUCCCCUGAAAAGGCUAUCGUUGUACGAGACAAGAAUACGUCUCGUAUUAACGCUAGCGACCUGGUUCCAGGUGAUAUUGUUAUGCUCUCUACGGGCGAUCGCGUGCCUGCGGACUGUCGCGUCAUUGAGCUGCGCUCUGCAUCGCUGCAAAUUGAUCAAGCCAUUUUGACGGGUGAGUCGGAAAGUGUAUACAAGUCAAUCUCCCCAAUUGCGGACGAGCAUGCGGUAAAGCAGGAUAUGACGAAUAUGCUAUUUGCUGGUACAACGGUCGUAAGUGGUCACUGUGUAGCCCUAGUAUGCUUGACAGCGGACCGAACAGCCAUUGGCAACAUUCACGCGCAAAUCGGUGACCAAACGGACUCCAAAACGCCAUUACAAGAAAAGCUGGAUGAGUUUGGUGAUCUGCUGGCAAAAACCAUUAUGGUUAUCUGUAUUCUGGUAUGGGUCGUGAACAUUCGUCACUUUGGUGAUCCUUCGCACCAUGGCUGGAUGCGUGGUGCCAUGUACUACUUUAAGAUUGCUGUGGCUUUGGCCGUCGCGGCGAUUCCAGAGGGUUUGGCUGCGGUCAUUACGGCCUGUCUGGCUCUUGGCACGCAGAAGAUGGCACGAAAAAAUGCCAUCGUGCGUCACUUGCCCAGUGUGGAGACAUUGGGUUCCACGAGUGUGAUUUGCUCUGACAAGACGGGCACGUUGACGACCAACGAAAUGAGCGUUGCUCGUGUAUUUAUGCUAGGCAACGGUCUUGAAUACACUGUGACAGGCUCGAGCUUUCAUCCGGAAGGUGACAUUUUGUUGAACGGCAAAGUGGUGACCAAUAUCAAUGAGCCGAACAGUGCCGUGCAAGCCUUGGCUGAGACGUGUGCUGUGUGCAAUGAUGCAAAGAUUAUCGUGGAUGCGCAAGGACGUUACAAAGCAUUGGGCCAGGCAACAGAGGCUGCUUUACAUGUGCUUGUGGAAAAAUUGGGCCACCAUGACCCUGUCCGACAGGCGCACAUGACAGAACUACAGUCGGCGCUUCGUGCAGGUGCGGUGUGUGAGUGGUAUGCUCACGAUCUGCCACGAUUGGCAACGCUGGACUUUUCUCGCGAUCGAAAGCUCAUGUCGACGUUUGUCCGCCAUGAAAAUGGUCACGGUCGUUUACUUGUCAAAGGUGCGCCGGAGUCUGUCGUGGCUCGUGCGACGCAUGUGUAUGUCGAUGCGUCCACACGCCGGCCUUUGGACGAUGCAGCACGUAUGGUCAUGAAGGAGAAACUGGCAUCGUUUGGUAGCGAAGGUUUGCGUACGCUUGCCAUUGCGAUUCGCGACGAUGUGCUUCCUAAAGACCCCUAUGCGCAAAUCGAUCCGUCAGAGUAUUCUACGUACGAGAGUGAAUUGUCCAUUGUGGGCUUUGUCGGUAUGCGUGACCCCCCUCGCCCAGAAGUGCGGGAGGCUGUGCAUGCAUGCAUGGAUGCCGGUGUUCGUAUUGUUGUGAUCACAGGUGACAACCAGCAUACCGCUGAAGCCAUCUGCCGUCAAAUUGGUUUGUUUGGGCCUGAGGAAGACGUGCGCGGCCGUUCGAUUACUGGCCGCGAUUUGGAUCAAAUGUCCGAGGAGGAAAAGACUCGUAUGGCGCGCAACGUCGUGUUGCUCUCGCGCACUGAGCCAUCGCACAAGAGCCAAUUGGUCGACCUGCUGCAAAAUCAAAAUGAGGUGGUUGCUAUGACAGGUGAUGGUGUAAAUGAUGCGCCUGCCCUUAAACGUGCCGACAUUGGUGUGGCUAUGGGUACCGGUACAGAUGUUGCCAAGCUUGCAGCUGAUAUGGUCUUGGCUGAUAACAACUUUGCUACAAUUGUUUCGGCAAUUGAGCAGGGUCGCAGUAUCUUCAACAACACGGCAUCGUUCAUUCGCUAUCUCAUUUCUUCCAACAUCGGUGAAGUGGUGAGCAUCUUUUUGACUGUGCUGUUGGGUAUGCCGGAGGCUUUGAUUCCUGUGCAACUGCUUUGGGUGAACCUUGUCACAGAUGGUCUGCCAGCUACGGCCCUUGGAUUUAACCCCCCAGAUCGUGCUGUGAUGCGCUUACCGCCCCGUAAGCGAGAUGACCCUCUUAUUACGCGGUGGUUGUUUGUUCGCUACUUGCUUAUCGGAGUCUAUGUCGGCGUAGCUACCAUUCUCGGAUACGCUUGGUGGUUCGUGAUGUAUCAAGAUGGCCCGCAGAUCAGCGUGUACCAACUUACGCACUUCCACCGCUGCUCGCGUGAGUUUGCAGAGAUUGGCUGCCAAAUGUUCGUGGGCGACGAGGCCCGCCAUGCGUCUACCAUGAGUCUGAGUAUUCUCGUGACGAUUGAAAUGUUCAAUGCUUUGAAUGCACUUUCAGAAGUGGACAGUUUGCUUACGCACUCUCCCCUGAAAAACCUAUGGCUGAUCGGCGCCAUUAUUCUGUCUAUGGCGCUACACAUGAUGAUCCUAUAUGUGCCUUACUUCCAGGCUAUCUUUUCGAUCGCGCCUUUGAACUGGAAUGAAUGGAUGGCUGUAUUGGGCAUUUCCGCCCCCAUCAUUCUUAUUGAUGAGGUGUGCAAGUGGCUCACGCGUCGCUCUUUGCCGACAAGCAAGAAGCUUAACUAG